UCUCUUUAAGAGGCCGGGGCCUGCCUGUGGAAUGGGGCCGGCCUAAGAGGCUUGCAAGGGAAGGCAGUGCAGUAGCGACAAGGGGAGAGCCAGCGAGCGAACACAAAACAGGCAGACAGAUGUGCACCUGGUAGAGAAAAAGGCAGCGGGGCGGUGGCGCUUCUUUGCAAAGCGAAAUUGAUUUGGAGCGUGUCAGUUGCACAUUUCGUGCGUUUGUUUCCUCUUUGUUUUGUAUCGGAUUGUGGAGGCGGAUUUCCUCCUCUCCCCCCCCCUUUAUUGUUAUUUUUUCUUUUUAGUAAGGGUGGCGGCGGCUGCUGCUCUUACGGGGGGGGGGACUCUCCGCUUUCCUCUCCGCCCCCGAUCUGCGGGAAACAAAGGCACCGCGCGUAGGCAGGAGGCUGGCUGUCGCUGCUUGGAUCAAAAGCCGGCUUUCUCUCUUUUAUUGCGCGCGCGGGGGGGGGGCGGUUAGGAGGAGGGGCCUGCCUCGGUAGGCCGGGCUGCUUCUCUCCCCCGGGCCAACUUCUCUCCCCAGCGACCGCAUUCCUUCUCCUGCCCUCGCACCCGAGGCAAUGCCUUGCCGCAGCAGCAGUUGAUGCAUCGCCGGAGGAGCCAAAAUGGGGUUUUUGCACCAGUUGUAUCUCUUGCUCUGGAAGAAUGUGACCCUCAAGCGACGGAGUCCGUGGGUCCUGGCCUUCGAGAUUUUCAUCCCUUUGGUCCUCUUCUUCAUCCUGCUGGGGCUACGGCAGAAGAAGCCCACCAUCCCUGUGAAAGAAGCCUAUUACACGGCAGCCCCCCUCACCUCUGCUGGGAUCUUGCCGGUGAUGCAAUCCCUGUGUCCCGACGGACAGCGAGAUGAAUUUGGCUUCUUGCAGUACUCCAACUCCAAAGUGACGCAGCUGCUGGAGCGGCUCAGUGAAGUGGUGGAGAAGAGUAACCUGUUUGAUCCGGACCACGUGGGGCUGGAAGAAGAGUUGGAGUCUUUACGGCGCCACCUGGAGUCUCUCAGCAGCAAUGAACCCAGCACCAUGGAGACACACUUCAGCAAUCAGGCAGCACCUGGCUUCACACUGGACUCCACGGCCAAGGACAAGCUUGAGUUCCACCGGUUCCUCAUGCAGAACCUUUCUUUGUCCAACGAGACCACUGAGCUGUUGAUGGGGUCCAACAUUAACCUCAAAGAGGUGUACCGACUGUUCUUUGGCACCUCUCCUGCCUCCGCGGAGGGCUUCCACGAGCCGUGGGAUCGGUUCAGCACAGCCGAGAAGCUCCUUCACCUGGAGGAAAGUCUUCUGAGCAGCUUCAGGACGGUGGAAGAUGGGCUGGUCCGACAGGCGCUGCGCUACCCUCAGCAGGGACCCCACAAGCAGGCCAUCCUGCACCUCCUCUCCCAGGCGUUGGGCCUCGCCAGCCCCGUGGCAGAGUCUUCCAGCGCCUACAGCCCUCAAGCCUUUGUAAAGGACAUGGAGAACAUCCUUUUCACGGCCACUGUGCUGGAGAGCCUCACCUGUCACCAGAGCCAGGAUGAGCUGAAACGUAUCCUGGCUGUCCCGGAGAGCCGGCUCCCGCUUCUGCGAGCGUAUCAAGCUGCCGCCUGCAACAAGAGUGCCAGCCUGCGCAAGGACUAUUUUGGCCAGCUGGCUGCCGAGCUGAAGGAGCAGCUGGAGACUUGCAAAGUCAUCAGCCAGCUGAAACUCGACGAGGUGAACAGCACGGCGGCCCGGAACCGUCUCCAUGCUGUGUUGGAGGACCUGAUGGAGAUGGAGAACGUCUUGAAGGAUGUGGACAUCCUCUCCUCUCUGGCCAAGCUCCUCCCCAAGGGGGCGUGCACCACCAAAUCUCCCCCCACCACCUCCAAUAGCACCAGCUCUGCCGGGAACAUCACCUCCAGCACGAACUCCAGCGCCGAGGAGGGCAAGAGUGAGAACGAGAUGCCCCCUGAGAACCCCCAGGGCCAAUGUUCGGCCUUUGUCCAGCUCUGGGCUGGCCUGCAGCCCAUCCUCUGUGGCAAUAACCGGACCAUUGAGCCAGAGGCCCUGAAAGAGGGCAACAUGAGCUCCUUGGGAUUCACCAGCAAAGAGCAACGGAAUCUCGGCCUCCUUGUGCACCUCAUGACCACCAACCCCAAGAUCCUCUACGCUCCUGUCGGCACUGAGGUGGAUAAAGUCAUCCUGAAGGCAAACGAGACCUUUGCCUUCGUCGGGAAUGUAACUCGCUACGCCCAAGUGUGGCUGAACAUCUCGGCAGAGAUUCGCGGCUUCCUGGAAGAGGGCAAGCUACAGCAACGGAUUCACUGGCUGCAACAGAUCGCCGCAGACCUUCACAAGCACCCCGAAAUCCUGAAUGUUUCAGACAGCGUCCUGCUUCACAACUUCUUGGAGAGUAACUUCUCUUUGCCCAACACCAGCACGCUCCUGCAGCAACUGGACACCAUUGAUAAUGCUGCCUGUGGCUGGAUCCAGUUCAUGUCCAAGGUCAGCGUGGACAUCUUCAAGGGCUUUCCGGAUGAGGAGAGCAUAGUCAACUACACACUGAACCAAGCCUACCAAGACAACGUCACUGUCUUUGCCAGUGUGAUCUUCCAGACCAACAAGGACGGCUCCCUCCCACCACACGUCAUGUACAAGAUCCGGCAAAAUUCCAGCUUCACCGAAAAGACCAACGAGAUCCGGCGAGCGUAUUGGAGGCCCGGCCCAAACACGGGAGGCCGUUUCUACUUCCUUUAUGGCUUUGUCUGGAUCCAGGAUAUGAUGGAGCGAGCCAUUAUCAACACCUUUGUAGGCCAUGAUGUGGUGGAACCUGGGAACUACGUGCAGAUGUUUCCAUACCCAUGCUACACCCGCGAUGACUUCCUGUUUGUCAUUGAGCACAUGAUGCCCCUCUGCAUGGUCAUCUCUUGGGUCUAUUCGGUAGCCAUGAUGAUCCAGCACAUCGUGGCAGAGAAGGAGCACCGCUUGAAAGAAGUGAUGAAGAUGAUGGGCCUAAACAAUGCAGUGCAUUGGGUGGCCUGGUUUAUCACGGGGUUUGUGCAGCUGUCCAUCUCCGUCACGGCGCUGACCGCUAUCCUCAAGUACGGCAAGGUCCUGAUGCACAGUGACGUCUGCAUUAUUUGGCUGUUCCUGGCCAUCUAUGCUGUGGCCACCAUCAUGUUCUGCUUCCUGGUGUCUGUGCUCUAUUCCAAAGCCAAGCUCGCCUCGGCCUGUGGAGGCAUCAUCUACUUUCUCAGCUACGUCCCUUACAUGUAUGUCGCCAUCCGGGAAGAGGUGGCACAUGACAAGAUCACAGCCUUUGAGAAGUGCAUUGCUUCCCUGAUGUCUACCACAGCCUUUGGGCUGGGCUCUAAAUACUUCGCCCUCUAUGAGGUUGCGGGCGUGGGCAUCCAGUGGCACACCUUCAGCCAGUCGCCCGUGGAGGGGGAUGACUUCAACCUUCUCCUUUCCAUGAUGAUGUUGAUCAUUGAUGCUGUCGUCUACGGGGUGCUGACGUGGUACAUUGAGGCUGUGCACCCAGGAAUGUAUGGCCUCCCCCGGCCCUGGUACUUCCCCUUGCAGAAAUCCUACUGGCUGGGAAAUGGGCGCACCGAGACGUGGGAGUGGGCGUGGCCCUGGUCGCGAACUGCCCGCCUGAGUAUCAUGGAGGAAGACCAAGCUUGUGCCAUGGAGAACAGGAGGCUGGAUGAGACUCGUGGGAUCGAGGAGGAGCCAACCCACCUUCCACUGGUGGUCUGUGUGGACAAACUGACCAAAAUCUACAAGACAGACAAAAAGUUGGCUUUGAACAAGCUGAGCCUCUAUCUCUAUGAGAACCAGGUGGUCUCUUUCCUGGGCCACAAUGGAGCUGGCAAGACCACAACCAUGUCCAUCCUGACUGGCCUCUUCCCUCCGACCUCCGGCUCUGCCACCAUUUAUGGCCAUGAUAUCCGGACUGAGAUGGACGAGAUCCGAAAGAACCUGGGCAUGUGCCCGCAGCACAAUGUGCUUUUUGACAAGCUGACAGUAGAGGAGCACUUGUGGUUCUACUCGCAGCUCAAGGGCAUGGCAGAAGAGGAGAUAAGCAAGGAGAUGGACAAGAUGAUUGAGGACCUGGAGCUGACCCACAAGUGCCGUUCCCUGGUGCAGACACUGUCGGGGGGGAUGAAGAGGAAGCUGUCGGUGGCCAUUGCCUUUGUUGGGGGGUCACGGGCCAUCAUCCUGGAUGAGCCCACUGCUGGCGUGGACCCCUACGCCCGGAGGGCUAUUUGGGACCUCAUCCUCAAAUAUAAACAAGGAAGAACCAUCCUCCUCUCUACGCACCACAUGGAUGAGGCCGACCUUCUGGGAGACCGCAUCGCCAUAAUCUCUCACGGGAAGCUGAAGUGCUGUGGGUCCCCCCUCUUUCUGAAGAGCACCUACGGCGAUGGAUACAAGCUGACUGUCGUCAAGAAACAGUCAGAUGCCCGGACCAACAUGUGUCAGGACUCUGGGCAGACCCACAGCUCUCCCUGCCAGUCCUCCGUCAGUCCCUGCUCCGAGGUGCGGGUCACACAGUUCAUCAAGAAGUACGUCGCUUCCUGCCUUCUUGUCUCCAACACCAACACGGAGCUGUCCUACAUCCUGCCCAGUGAAGCAGUCAAGAAGGGCUGCUUUGAAAGGCUGUUCCAGCACCUAGAACAUAGCUUGGAUGAACUGGACUUGACCAGUUUUGGGCUGAUGGACACCACCCUGGAAGAAGUUUUCCUCAAGGUCUCAGAGGAGGACCAAUCUCUCGAGAACAGCGAUGCUGAUGUGAAAGAGUCCAAAAAAGAUGCCCUUCCUCUGCCCGACUCCCAACUGGGCCCCAAGGCUGAGGCCAAUGGAGAGCCCCUUCCGAGUGCAGAAACUCUCGGGAAGCCCGAGGCCGAUCAGGGCAACCUACUGGCCUGCUCCAAACUGGCCCAGUCUCAGACGUCGCUGCGGUCGUCAUCUUCGGCAGGCUCCAUGCGAGGCGAUGAAGGUGGGGCUUAUUCGGAGUUCUAUGGGGAUUACUCUCCGUUGUUUGAUAACCCGCAAGACCCUGAUAACAUCAGCCUGCAAGACCAAGGGGCUGACUUGGAGGUACACGGGCUUGCUGGGCAGGGGAGCUUCAAGCUGGAAGGCUCCUGGCUGAAGGUGCGCCAGUUCCACGGGCUGAUUGUGAAACGGUUCCACUGUGCCAAGCGCAACACCAAGGCACUCUUCUCCCAGAUCCUGCUGCCUGCCUUUUUUGUCUGUGUGGCGAUGACGGUGGCUCUCUCCGUGCCUGAGAUAGGAGAUCUGCCUCCCCUCGUCCUCUCCCCGUCCCAAUAUCACAACUACACCCAACCCAAAGGCAACUUCAUCCCAUAUGCCAGUGAAGAGCGACCGGAAUACAGGUUCAAGCAGUCAGCAGAUGCCACUCCCCAGCAGCUGGUCGGGACCUUCUACCUGCCCUCAGGGGUGGGGGCCACCUGCGUGCUGAAGACGGCUUUCAACAGCACCUUGGACCAACUGGUGCAGUCUCUGAACCUCAACAGCAAUGAAUCAAAGAUGCUGGCAGCCAAGUACUUUGAUGCCAUGUGCGUGGACUCCUUCACCCAGGGCCUCCCCCUCUCCAACUUCGUGCCGCCCCCUCCCUCGCCCGCUCCCUCUGACUACCCCUUCUCCCUGGACGAGGACUUGCUGCGGGCCUGGAACUCCACCGCCUACCCCUUCACCGUCAAAGAGACAGUCACCUCUGCCCCGUCCCUGGCCAGCAUCGUUCAUGAACCCAUCAAGUGCACUUGCUCCAUGCAGGGCACUGGGUUCUCCUGCCCCAGCGGGGUUGGGGGCCACCCAUCUCAGAGGAAGGUGGUGACCGGUGACAUCCUGGUGGAUAUUACGGGGCGCAACAUCUCCGAGUACUUGCUCUAUACCUCAGACCGCUUUCGGUUGCACAGGUACGGAGCGGUGACCUUUGGCAAUCUUCAGAAAUCCAUCCCAGCAUCCUUUGGGGCAAUGGCUCCUCCCAUGGUGCGGAAAAUUGCUGUCCGGAGAGCUGCCCAGGUUUUCUACAACAACAAGGGCUACCACAGCAUGCCCACUUACCUCAACACCCUCAACAACGCCAUCCUUCGUGCCAACCUGCCAGCCUCCAGGGGGAACCGCGCUGCCUAUGGUAUCACCCUGACCAAUCACCCCAUGAACAAAACCAGUGCCAGCCUCUCCCUGGAUUACCUCCUCCAGGGCACUGAUGUGGUGAUCGCCAUCUUCAUCAUCGUGGCCAUGUCCUUCGUGCCGGCCAGCUUUGUGGUCUUCCUAGUGGCUGAGAAGUCCACCAAAGCCAAGCACCUCCAGUUCGUGAGCGGCUGUGACCCGGUGAUCUACUGGCUGGCCAAUUACGUCUGGGACAUGCUGAACUACCUGGUCCCUGCAACUUGCUGCAUUAUCAUCCUCUUUGUGUUCGACCUGCCAGCGUACACCUCACCUACAAACUUCCCGGCUGUGCUCUCUCUUUUCCUGCUGUACGGCUGGUCCAUCACGCCCAUUAUGUACCCGGCCUCCUUCUGGUUCGAGGUGCCCAGCUCAGCAUACGUCUUCCUCAUCGUCAUCAACCUGUUCAUUGGCAUCACAGCCACCGUGGCCACUUUCCUGCUGCAGCUCUUUGAGCAUGACAAGGACCUGAAGGUGGUGAACAGCUACUUAAAAAGCUGCUUCCUGAUUUUCCCCAACUAUAACCUGGGCCAUGGGCUGAUGGAGAUGGCCUACAAUGAGUACAUCAACGAAUACUAUGCUAAGAUUGGGCAAUUUGACAAAAUGAAGUCGCCAUUUGAGUGGGACAUUGUGACCCGGGGCUUGGUCGCCAUGACGAUUGAAGGCUUUGUGGGCUUCUUCAUCACAAUCAUGUGCCAGUACAAUUUCUUCCGGAAACCACAGCGUCUACCCGUAUCCACCAAGCCCAUUGAAGACGAUGCGGACGUAGCGAAUGAGCGCCAUCGAGUCUUGCGGGGAGACGCGGACAACGACAUGCUGAAGAUCGAGAACCUCACCAAGGUGUACAAAUCCCGCAAGAUUGGACGCAUCCUGGCCGUGGACCGACUGUGCGUAGGCGUCCGCCCAGGAGAGUGUUUUGGCCUGCUCGGGGUCAAUGGAGCUGGGAAGACGACCACCUUCAAAAUGCUGACGGGGGAUGAGAUCACGACUGGAGGCGAGGCCUUCAUCAAUGGCCACAGCAUCCUGAAGGAGCUCCUGCAAGUCCAGCAGAGCCUGGGUUACUGCCCGCAGUUCGAUGCGCUCUUUGAUGAGUUGACCGCGCAGGAGCACCUGGAGCUGUACACCCGGCUGCGUGGCAUUCCGUGGAAGGACGAGGAACGGGUUGUGAAGUGGGCACUGAAGAAGCUGGAAUUGGCCAAAUAUGCGAACAAACCUGCCAGCACCUACAGUGGCGGCAACAAGAGGAAACUGUCCACAGCCAUUGCCCUUAUUGGCUACCCAGCUUUCAUUUUCCUGGAUGAGCCAACCACAGGUAUGGACCCCAAGGCCAGGCGUUUCCUAUGGAACCUCAUCUUGGACAUCAUCAAGACGGGCCGCUCAGUGGUUCUGACAUCGCACAGCAUGGAAGAAUGCGAGGCUCUCUGCACGCGCUUGGCGAUCAUGGUGAAUGGGCGCCUGAAGUGCCUGGGCAGCAUCCAGCACCUAAAGAACAGAUUUGGAGACGGCUACAUGAUCACGGUGCGGACCAAAUCCAGCCUGAACGUUAAGGAGGUGGUGCGGUUCUUCAACCGGAACUUCCCGGACGCUGUCCUCAAGGAGAGGCACCAUACAAAAGUGCAGUACCAGCUGAAGUCCGAGCAGAUCUCGCUGGCUCAGGUCUUCAGCAAGAUGGAGCAAGUGGUGGCCGUCUUGGGUAUUGAGGAUUACUCCGUCAGUCAGACCACCUUGGACAAUGUAUUUGUGAACUUUGCAAAGAAGCAGAGUGACAACCUGGAUCAACAGGAGAGCAGCCCGGCCUGUUCAAUGGAGUCGCCCCUGCAACGCUUGCUGAACCUCCUGCGGCCCCGUGCGGCCCCGACGGAGCUGCGGUCCCUGGUGGUGGAAGAGCCCGAGGACUUGGAAACAGACGACGAGGGACUGAUCAGCUUCGAAGAGGAGCGGGCCCAGCUCUCCUUCAACACUGACACGCUCUGCUGAGGAGAGGAGGGGACGCAGCCCCCUCCCGUGGCUUUGGAACCACAGACUCCCCCCCCUUCUCGAUAUCUGCCUUCCUCAGCCUUCCCCAUCACCAAACCUCGCUUGAACGGCAGUUGAUCGCCAGGGGCAAGAGGCGCGAGGAGGCCCAUCACACAAGCGUCUGACCUUGGCGGCUUGCCCUGGGGAGCCACAAUGGUUCCAUGUUGGCUGGCAAGGCCCACCAAAGAGGAGCUGGCCUAGUCAGGGGGAGGGCCAUGCCUGGAUUGCGGGCUGCGGUGUCCGCAGGGGCGGCAGAGGUGCUUUCUCGAGAGAGCACAAUUCCAGAACCUGGCACAGAGGAGGAGACCUCCUGGCACUCGGAAGGGCUGUCGGACAGGAUUCGGGCCCAGAAAGUGCCAAAUCAGGAGCGGCCUUGUAGGGUGGUUGGGUUGGGUUUUUUUUGCGAUGGUGGGGCUGCAACUUGUUCCCCGACUCUGUGACUCUUUACUGUUGACAACAGUCGGAUGCUUUUGCAAGAGGAGCCGGUGCCUCCAACCACUCCCAGUGCCCCCUUUGGCACCCUGCAAGGCUCGUGUGUCUUUUCUAUAGCCCUGACAUUUCUGGUUUGGCAGCCUUGGGGCUGUCGUGAGAUCUCCGCUGGAGCUUGGAAGGUGAAGAAGCUGGCUAACUAAAUAACUUGCAUCUAGGAUCUUUGGGAGGUGGGUUUGGGGGGGGAUGUCAAAAAGGUCAGGAUCUUGAGAGAUGUUUCAUCGGAAUGGAACUCUGAAGACGAGGGCUGUUUGGGUGAACCUUUGGGACUCCAGCAGGUCAUAUUUGUGAAGACACUCUUUCUUUCUUUCUUUCUUUCUUUCUUUCUUUCUUUCUUUCUUUCUUCCUUUCUUCCUUUCUUCCUUUCUUCCUUUCUUCCUUUCUUCCUUCCUUCCUUCCUUCCUUCCUUCCUUUCUUUCUUUCUUUCUUUCUUUCUUUCUUUCUUUCUUUCUUUGUCACUCAGUGCAGGGCCAAAAGAGUUCAACGGCACCACCUGCUUACAGAACUGGAAAAUGCUGGUGAACCAAGGAAGGGUGGGGCAUGCAUGUGUUCUCCCCCUCUGUGGCUGCUCUGAUGAAAUCCAGCCCUGGAUCCUUCUGCUAUUUUUUAAAAUUGACUGAUCAUGAAAUGCUGCUCUCCCUGACACAAACACACUCUUAAAACACUCACGCACACACACACCCUAGUGUUACUGGUCCUCAUGGCUGAAAACUCCAGAAAUGCAUCUUUAAAAGCUUUUGAAGGCAGAACAUUCAGAGUGGGGCUUUGCAUAGCUGAGGCUGAGAGGACAGAGGGCUUCCUCUUAGUGAAUUUGGGUCCUGGGUCCUUGCAAUCCUGUCUCGGAACUGGCAAUGGGGUUCAUAGGGAGUAUCCAGUGAAUAGGCUCUUGAGCUGAACCUCUGAGCUAAGCAUGACAGCAAUAGAGCACUGAGUGCAGGAGACAUCGCACCAUCAAUCUCCAGGUAGAAACACGCUCACUGUUCUGCCGGUUCCAGUGCGUCCCCAACUUUCUCUUCUGAAAACGGGCAUCUGAUGCUCAUCAAGCCCUAUCCCUUUUUGCACCAUGCCUAGAACAGUGACUCACAUGCGCCUCUGUGGAUGGAUAAUUCUUAGUCUUGAAUGUUCUUUUCAGCUGUGAAGGUGAUGUGUAUUUCCAGCUUGCAUACAGAGGAAAAGGUGUAUCAUCGUUCAGUGGUAGAGUGUAUACAGAUGUGUUGUGUAGGUUCAAUCAAUCCAGGUAAAACCAUUAGAAAUUGAGUGACUGGAAACUUGCAGAGCCACUUCUAGUCAGAGAAGGCCUUAAGGGGCUGAUAGGUGUGACUCUGGAUCAAACGGCUAUAUAUUUUUCUUAAGUUCGGAUGUCAUUUUCCCUCACUAGCUUUCAUUCGGCCCCUAACCCAUUGGUAGAGCAGAAGGGUCCACGUUCAAUCCCCAGCAUCUGUUUAACUUUAUUUAAUAAAUUCAUUCCUGCCUUUUGA